UGUUCAUUCUGGAAUCUGAUUGGUCGGUGACCAUAGCAACAAACCGCCAUGUUUUCCUGCAAGACGACGAGAAACGAAGCUACUUUAGAGACAUUUAAGCAAAUCUGUGAUUUAAUAAGAAGCCUGGACGGAUAACAGCGUUACCUAUCGUCUGCACGAUGCCUGAGUUUUUUCGGUGACUCGUAAAGGUUGUUCUGAGCGGAGUGUAGCGCCUCGGGCCGUCGUAGAUCUUGUUUUGCUUAAAUGAUGGAAAAAGUGGAAGUGUUUGAGGUUAUGAAAGUGACUGAAGAGGUGGAGAGCUGCAAAAACCAGAUGGAGGCGAUAACCCCCAAAAAGAGGAAGAGCAAAGCUCAAGUUGACACUGUUGAGAAACCCAAGAAGCCUAGAUCGGCCUAUCUGCUGUACUACUUUGAUGUGCAUCAGAUCAUGCAACAGGAAAUCCCCAAUCUACCACAAUCGGAGAUCAACAAGCGUAUCAGCGAGAGCUGGAAAAGGCUCAGCGUAGCAGAGAAAGCCUACUAUCUGGAGAAGGCCAAGUCUGAGAAAGAAGGCGUUGACACAUCAUCUCUCAGCCCCUCCAAAGACCUGCCAGGAUUUCGCAAAAUCCUCCCCAGAUCCAGUUACUGUCUCCUGUCUAAAGGCUGCUCCUCAAACCACCAACCAGGAGGCUCUCAGCCAGAGGUGAGCACAGAGUCUUUGGACUCUCCAGCGGAGGGAGGCCUGUCUUCAGUCACUCUUACCCAAGAGCCACAGUUCACACCUCUUGGGUUGGGCGGUGAGGUGGAACUUUCUGAGCAGCCCAUCGUCGUUGAUGACAUAACAGAGUGUCAUGCCACAAACCCCCAAGGAAUCACACCCAGCACUUCCACCUCAGUCUCAUCCAAAGCCCCGGCCUCCAUGGACGCCCGAGUCUCACAGGGCUCUGCCAAUCUUACAGCCAAUGGGAUAACACUGAAAGGAAUUGACGCAAGAGUUGCUGGCAGUGGUUUUGGUGGCGCGACGGUGCAGCAGAUACAGGGGGAAACUACACAGGUGCUUGCCAUCAUACCCAGUCAGAACCUGCUGGAGCCCAAUUCUUUGGCAGGUGUCAGCUCUGUGGGCCCAGUGAUGAUGGUGUCUGUCGGAGCCAGCAUAGAACAAAGUGCCAAACCAUCAUAUAAAAUGUCUGUGAAGACAUACACCAGGAGAGGUCGAGGGAGGUGUCUAAAUCCUGGAUGUUCAUUUGUUUACGUCACCCGCCACAAGCCACCAACAUGCCCUGAGUGUGGGAACCACUUGGGCGGAAAAUGGAUGCCUGCUGCAAAGAAGGCACAAGAGAAAGAAGCUGCGUCCAAGCUACAGAAAUCUGAAACCAAGCUUAAUCAAAGCUGCCAACGCAGAGAUCCCACUACUCGAGAGGAGAAUGCUGAUGCCAGUAAAAGAAACACCGCUGGGAGCAAAAAAGAAGGGCGAGUCCAACGGUGCACCAGGAAGCAGCAUGCAGUGGCAGCUGGCCAGCCACAAGAGGGCAGCAGCACCAAAGAGCAGGAACAAACAAAACAGCUGAAAGACAGUUUUAAGUGUCCAACAGUCCAAGACCGAAGCAUUGCCAAUGUUCAAAAGAGGCCCAUGAGACCCAUCCUUCCUGCUUACUAUAGCACAGGCCGCACAUUGUUACAGAUCUUAACUGUCCCACCUGACAAAGGAAAAUUUCAGAGCGCGAGCAACAACAAAGCAUCCAGCGUGCCUGUAGAGAGUUUCUCAGGUCUCAAACCCAGCACUUUGAAGCAGCUUGGACAGACGGUCACGACAACCACAUCUAAGCAGGAUUCUUCUGUCCCAGCAGAUGGAGGUCAGCCUGUAUCUUCUGUGGCUGACAGGAGAGUGAAUAUACUGUCAUUUGUGCCUUUCAAACAACAACACACUGUCUCCAACUUUGAUUUGGGACUGUCUACAGCACGAGGAAGGGGUCGGUGUAAGAACCCGUCCUGUGACUAUAUGUAUAAAAACAGACACAAACCUGCAGUGUGCCCUAAAUGUGGCUGUGAGCUGACCCAGAAGAACGCCAAGGGAACAAAGUCUGGGGCUCUGCUCGAUCCAUAUCAGGCCCUGAGUCCUGCUCAGAAGGAAAUCCAGCGGCAAAAUACCCUGCAGUUACUGCACCGCUCUCUGCAGAUUCCUGAGAGCGAGACUGAGCUCCAGGAAACGUUUACCCUCAUCCAGGAGCUCAACAGUCUGCAGAUCGUGUUGGUUCAGCCAGGUGACCAGGAGCGCGAGGGUGGCAUAGAGGCAGAGACGCUGGUCGAGUCUGGGUGGCCUCAGUUCUAUGAAUCGGCAGCUACUCACUGUGGCCUGUGUAACUAUCCUCUCUUUAAAGGAGGUCAGAGUACUGUUGCAGGCCAAGAGGACUGCUGGCUGCUUACUGAGACACUGAUCCAGACCGCCUCUCUCCAGCUCAAGGUGUGUCUCAAUGUUCAGUGUUUGGCUCUGCACAGCUUCACUGACCUGCAUCCAGGUUUGUUUAACAUUGGGAACAAACUGCUGGUUAGUAUCGACCUUUUCCUAAAGAUCAGGGCUCGUAUUAAACUGGGCCAACACCCCUCUCAGGCAGCCAGGACCAUACUAGACCACAUCCCCAAUCACCCUGUCCACACCCUGAGUCCAGAGGAGUUAUCUCAAAUUUGGGAGCUUCUCCUGAGUGGUUACUGGGCCUUCGAGUGUCUGACAGUGCGUGACUACAAUGAUAUGAUCUGCGGCAUUUGUGGUGUUGCUCCCAAACUCGAGAUUGCACAGCGAUACAGAAACAACGUACUGGAGCUAAAGAAUGUAGAGUUUACUUGGCCUGAGUUUUCAGUCUCAGACGAGGUACAUGUGGAUGACUUCUGGCUGACCAUGGAAAGUGAGGCUAUAGAGCAAGCCACUUUUCCCACCGACAUCCCGAUCACCCGGGUGGAUGCUUCUAUCAUCGCUCCCUUCAUUCCACCUCUGAUGAGGAGUCCCACUGUUAUCAACACAGAGAAAGAUAAAGUCCUGUCGCACACACCGCAGCCUUCAGGAGAUCCAUCGGUUUUGGUACGUCUAAUUCACGAUGGUCAGCUGAGACUCGACAAGAUUGAAGAUCACAGUGAGGACGAGCUGAGAACAAUACUUGACCGCUGCGUCACCCCAGGUUCUACUAAGAACGAGCUGCUGGCCUCCCUCAUCUCCUUGUACACGCAUGUUCAUAAUGGCCUCUCCACAGCCCCACAGCCGCCUACACACCUCACCGCCGGCAAGCUGUCCAAAGUUUGCCCCCACAAGGUGGUGUGUGGCUCUAAGUACUUGGUGAGAGGAGAGACGGCUCGAGACCACGUGGAUCUGCUACUGUCCUCUCGCUACUGGCCCCCAGUCUAUGUUAGUGAUUGUGCCCGUCAGGUGGCACUCUGCGCUGACAUGCAGUACCCAGACCUGGCAACCCAGAUGUGGGGGAGGAACCAAGGCUGCUUCUCUGACCCUUUUGAAAAGCCAGAGUUUGUGUCGUGUGCUGAGCUACAAGACCAGCCGUACAGCGCUGACCUGUCAUUGGUCGCAGAGAACCAGCAGGUCCACCCCAUCACCAGAUCAUCUUGUUGCUGGCUGGUUCAUCCUCCUGGAGCUGCCCAGGAGCCCCCCACACUUCCUUUAGAGCACCAUUCAAUGGUCCUCUGCAAAGAUCUGGAGCCCUACGUCAGCCUGAUAGCUGAGCUGGAGAAAGAGGAGGAAGAGGAGGAUGACAAAGGGGCAGAGCAGAAAGAGCAGUGUGACAAAGCUGAGAAUGACUCCACAGAAACAUCAGAGGACUGUACCUCUGCAGGCCGUGUGCGGCGGCAACCUAUGGUUUUCAACAACACAGCUUAUUACUACCUUUACAACCGCCUGGUAGAUUUCCUCACCAGCAGGGACAUUGUGAACCAACAGAUCAACCAAGUGGUGAAGGCCUGCCAACCUGGGGAGGUAGUGAUCAGGGAUGCUCUGUAUCGACUAGGGGUAGCACAGAUCAACACUGAAAAAGAGGAAGAUGAAGGAAGUGGGAAGGAGGGACAGACACAAGAGGAGGGGACAGAGAUGUAUGAGGUUGUGCUUCCUGAGUAAAAAUGUUUGGGAUAAUCAGGAGGCAGACAGAGGGAUGGACUCAAUUUUCAGAAGGCUGCAGACAAAGUCAGGAAUGCAGACAGUAUGAAGGACUGUCACAAGGAAAAGAGGGGUGUCAUGAGGAGAGAUGGAAGUGCUCCUAGAGGGGUCCAAGAGUUUGGAAGUGAUACAGAGCUAAGCCCAACGAGCGAGGAAGCAAAACAUGCAGGAGUUGUCAGGUUUUACUGAUGUGAGACAGAAUGUGGAUAAAUUAAAUUUAAUUGACCUUUUUAUUGCAGGUAAUGAAGAAAAAAAAGCAGAGCAGUUACUAGUGUUUACUGUGAGGAUGCUAAAAAAUAAAAUAAGGUCAUCUUUUAACCAUCUCUAACUAUAGUAAGAGUGAGUGUGACAGUAAAUAAAAGUCUCAGAGACUCAAAUGACUGAAAGAAUGUAACUAUAUUUUGUGUCUUUUACCAACAGCGUGCCAAGUUACGUGUUUGUUUUUAAUCUAAUUGAAUGCUCUGCUGUGACCGAAAUAAUUUAAUAAUAACAGGAUUUUAAUAACUCAGCUAACUCACGCCUAAAUGUAUAUAUUUAACCAUGAAGGGUAUGUUGUAUUUAUUUCCCUUUUUAUGUCCAGAGACAUUUCUGCUUUGUGUUUUACACUCUUACCUCUCACCUGCCACUUGUUGCCUUUUGGACUGAUAGUUUGAAAACUGCUGAUGUGUAUCUGUCGAGCGUACUGAAAUAUUUGAACGUUGUGUGUGAUGGACCUUGUGGCCUUUGCUUUAUUUUAAAUUACAUUAGGAUAUUCAUUUGAAUAAUCAGCAGUCACCCUUUGAGAAUAAACUGAAGAUGCAUGAAGUGCUUUGUACUAAUGCUUUGCUUAGCAAUUUAAAUGAAUUACCAAGACCUAAUGAAGCAUUUAAGCUGUCCAGGCCUUUGUCGUGAAAAUGGCUCAUUUGCCUAAACUCCAUGUAGAGACACCUGUUGUUCAAACGACAUGACAGCAGAAAAGAAUAUCAUUUAGGUUAAGAAAAAUGUUGCAUUGGAUGAACCAAUCAUGUCCUGUAAAUGAAACUGCUGAUGUAACAAAUAAAUAUCAAGACAUUAUUGAUUUUGCA